GCACUCUCGCCCUGUAUCACAAGCAAGCCCUCUCGCCUGUAUCCCAAUCAUGCCCUAUUGCAUGUAUCCCAAUCAUCCCCUCCCGUCUGUAUCCCAAUCAUGCCCUCUUGCUUGUAUCCCAGUCAUGCCCUCUCGCCCAUAUCUCAAUCAUCCCCUCUCGCGUGUAUCCCAAUCAUGCCCUCUCGCCUGUAUCCCAAUCAUGCCCUCUCGCCUGUAUCCCAAUCAUGCCCUCUCGCCUGUAUCCCAAUCAUGCCCUCUCGCCUGUAUCCUAAUCAUGCCCUCUCGUUUGUAUCCCAAUCAUGCCCUCUUGCCUGUAUCCCAAUCAUGCCCUCUCGCCUGUAUCCCAAUCAUGCAGUCUCCCUUGUAUCCCAAUCAUGCCCAUUCACCUGUAUCCCAAUCAUGCCCUCUUGCCUGUAUCCCAAUCAUGCCCUCUCGCUUGUAUCCCAAUCAUGCUCUCUCGCCUGUAUCCCAAUCAUGCCCUCGCGCCUGUAUCCCAAUCAUGUCCUCUUGCCUGUAUCCCAAUCAUGCCCUCUCGUUUGUAUCCCAGUCAUGCCCUCUUGCCUGUAUCCCAAUCAUGCCCUCUCGCCUGUAUCCCAAUCAUGCCCUCUCGCUUGUAUCCCAAUCAUGCCGUCUCGCCUGUUUCCCAAUCAUGCCCUCUCGCCUGUAUCCCAAUCAUGCCCUCUCGCAUGUAUCCCAAUUAUGCCCUCUCACCUGUAUCCCAAUCAUGCCCUCUCGCCUCUAUCCUAUUCUUGCCCUCUCGCUUGUAUCCCAAUCAUGCACUCUCGCCUGUAUCCCAAUCCUGCACUCUCGCCUAUAUCCCAAUCUUUCCCUUUCGCCUGGAUCCCAAUCAUGCACUCUCACCUGUAUCCCAAUCAUGCCCUCUCGCCUGUAUCCCAAUCAUGCCCUCUCGCCUGUAUCCUAAACAUGCCCUCUCGCCCGUAUCCCAAUCAUGCCCUCUCGCGUGUAUCUCAAUCAUGCCCUCUCGCGUGUAUCCCAAUCAUGCCCUCUCGCCUGUAUCCCAAUCAUGCCCUCUCGCUUGUUUCCCAAUCAUGCCCUCUCGCCUGUAUCCCAAUCAUGCCCUCUUGCCUGUUUCCCAAUCAUGCCCUCUCGUUUGUAUCCCAAUCAUGCCCUCUUGCCUGUAUCCCAAUCAUGCCCUCUUGCCUCUAUCCCAAUCAUGCCCUCUCGCAUGUAUCCCAAUCAUCCCCUCCGGUGUGUAUCCCAAUCAUGCCCUCUUGCUUGUAUCCCAAUCAUGCCCUCUCGCCUGUAUCUAGACAUGGCCAAAAUGCGAUGCGAUGGGAUAUCACAUCGCUGCGAUAUGUUAAAAACAAAACCGAAAUCGCAUAUCGCGUUUUCGGAGGCGAUAUUAAAAAAUAUCGCCUAAAAAAAGCGACGCAUCGCGCGAUGCGAUAUAAUAUCGUAUUGCAUUUAGGGGCCACUGUUUUCCCGCCCUAAAAAUACGUGUUUCCACACCACAGGGCACGACAAUGGUGGCUCUCGUAGGUUCGCGCGGAAUUAGGUAAGUGAAUUGACGGGAGAUGGUAAUAUCGUGGUCCCUCUCUCAUGUGGAGCGUGUUUGAGGGGACGGGGUUGGAUUCUGUAGAUGCAGGGGAUUUUAGUGCGGUUGAAGUGGUGGAAAUUGGUUGGAGUCCAACCAAUUGACUUUGGGGGUCGAGAUUUCAGUCCAACCCCCUAAAUCCCUUCAACCGCACACCACCACAUCCCAUCCAAAAAACCCACUCGCCCAUCACCCACCACCAACCAUAACAAAUUUGAACCCCCACCAAACUCCCCUCCCUCAACCACACUGCACUCCUUCCCAUCUAGAAUUUCCAACCCUUCCUCUAAUGUUCUCCAAGCUCUGCUCCUCACACAAACUCCUCCCCCCAAACUGCCGCUUGCCAUUUCCGCGCGUCAUUCAGCAUCACCCCAAGAGAAACCUAGACUAGCUCACCUUCUAUUUUUGCUAAGUUCAGGGCCCUCGCCCAUGUUCCUCCCCUUGCUGGCGAAAUUCUGCGAUGC